ACCAGUCCAAAUAUUUCGGCCUUGACAUUCAAGCGAUCAUCUUUUCGCACAUGUCAGUGUUUACUAUCGCGAUCACAUUGUGAUUUCAACAGCAAAGCCGAGUGGUAUCUGUGUGACGUGUCAGCCAAGGUCAUGGAUCCCAAAUAUUCUCCGGAACAUCCACGGAACUUGAUUCCAGAGCUGUGUAGACUGUUCUACAACAAUGGCUGGGCAACAGGCACAGGCGGUGGAAUCAGCAUCAAGCUGGGGGAGGAGAUAUACAUCGCUCCAUCAGGUGUACAGAAAGAACGGAUUCAGCCUGACGACCUGUUCGUCCAGACGAUUGACAAUGAAGAUAUCACAGAGCCUCCGCCCAGUAAAAAACUUAAGAAGAGCCAAUGCACACCUCUCUUCAUGAAUGCCUUCACAAUGAGAAAUGCAGGUGCAGUGAUACACAGCCACUCCAAACAUGCUGUCAUGGCAACGCUCAUGUUUCCAGAGAAGGAGUUCAGGAUCUCUCACCUGGAGAUGAUCAAGGGAAUCAAGAAAGACAGCUCUGGUGGGUAUUACAAGUACAACGAGGAGCUGGUUGUACCAAUUGUGGAGAACACCCCUGAGGAGAAGGAUCUGAAGGAUGCCAUGGCCCGAGCUAUGGAGGACUAUCCUGACACGUGUGCAGUGCUUGUCAGACGACAUGGAUUCUAUGUAUGGGGAGAGACGUGGCAGAAAGCCAAGGCCAUGUGCGAGUGUUAUGACUACCUGUUUGAUAUGGGAGUUCAGAUGAAGCAGCUCGGACUUGACCCCACCACCGUCCCAACCCCUAAAGGGGCCUACGUCUCAGAGACUUCAUGAUCUCUUUCUUGUCAAUAGUAUUGUUUUCAAGGAUUUUAAAUAUGAUUAUAGUAUUUUCACUGGAGGUUUCAGGGAAUCUGGACAGCCUUGACGCUGGUUUGUCUUUGGAGUUAAAAAAAAAGUAUAAUAUUGCAAUUUAUGGUUAUACUUACAUGUCAAAAUGUUUUGGAGCAUUUAUACCUCAACUUUUAACUGUAUUGACAGACAACAUAAUAUGUCUGAUUUUUGUGAGGUUUUCUAUUUCUGAGAAGUAUUUCCAGUUUGCUGCUUGUACUGUGUACAGUGUCAGACUGCCACAUAUGCACUGCCAUUAUCAUCUUCAUCUGCCAACGGUCAUCUAUCCUGUCAUCUUCAUCUUGGCGCCAUAUAGCUGGAAUAUUGCUGAGUGUGGCAUACAACUAAACUCA